AUGGACUACCCACCGCCUACAGCGUCUGCGAAAGGGAAGAUGAAGGCAUGUGACGAUGAAAUUGGCGAUGAAAUCUGGCCGCGCGUAGUGGACGACUCUGAUGCGGCUUCUGAUUUCUCUUUUGAUGCGAUCCCGCGGGAGCCUUUGAACCACACAGUCCCAGGGUGCACAGAGGACUCUACUUCGUACAAUGUCGCUGCAAAUUUGAGUGAGCCGUUUGAACAACCAGUGGCAGUACCUGUUUUCACUUCUUCCUUGCAGGAGCACUUUGGUCCACUCGACACCGACUUCUUGACGCCUCUCGUGACUAGCAACGCGACUAAUCGCUCUACAAGCACCACCCCGCAACCUCGAUACCACCUUACAGAGUCAAGCGCGCGUCGUCACUCAGUCGACUCUAUGUCGCUCUACUCAUGGGAGCAACCCGCGCCAAAACCACGCUACUACGCUCAAGCCCUGUCUGUAGAGGACCUGACAGCGCUCGCACAAGGCGAGAAGAACCACAACCUCCAAGAAUGGUCGGACGAGCGCCUUUUCACUCACCAUGGGGAUCGCAGGGGCUUGAUACCCCAGGCCAUGCCCUUGGAAGAGAAGAUGUUCGCGCUCGCGGAGAUUGACCACGAGAUGCAGCAAAGCCAGUGCACUGUAGCCAAGACGAAGGAGAAGUUUUGGCAGUCUUCUCCGACAUACGACUUUCGCUCUUCUAUGCUGCCACCUCCGCUGCCUCGGUCAACACCAACUGCACAACCUGAGGAGUACGAAGAGCCACGCAACCGUCGCUACUCACACGCUCGUGCAGCUAGUAGCGGAGACUACUUCUACCAGCCGUCCAGCUCUCGCACAAGCACAUACAACACACGUCAUAUCUCGCCUCUAGCAAGCCCAUCAGGCCCGUCAUCGUCUAGCUCUUCGAACCAUGUACGCAGCCCUCUGAACCAAGAAGUACUCUUCCGCGCUAACCCAGCGACGACGUUCGACUCUUUCCUCGUGCCACACAAGUCUGGUACAGGUGAGGUCCUUGCGGAGUCCAAGAACGCGAUGAAGGAUAAGACACCGACGGCGAGCCUGAGCCCAAGUCCGAACGCGUUGGCGAAGGUUAGACGGUUGACGAAGAUGCCGUCGAUGCCGCUGCUGCGGAAGCGUAGUAGUGGUUCGUGA